GAGUUGGAGUUUGCGAGUCGGAAAAAUAAGAAAUUAAUUUCAAUUAAUUAUUCUUAAUAAAAGAGAGGAUCUAAAACAGCGUACAAAGGUUUGUCGGUGUUUUGCAAACUCUUUGGAAGUUGUUGGCUUCACUCUUCAGUUUUUAAAACUCCAACGGGCCGCCCCGCCGCCUACGAACAACUGUGGGAAAAAUCAAUUCCAUAACUCCGUCUGUGAAUUACCAUUAGUAUUCAAACGAAAUGAGCUCGAAUGGCGACUGUUUUCUCGUACUACCGGAUAGUUGUGCGAAUGAUUGUUUAAUUGUUGGUCGCAAUAACGAAGAUGAGACAGCGCUGGGCGUGUCGCAGGAGGUUUGUUACUAUGACGUCAGCGAGGUGCUGGAGGGAAAGACUGCCGGCGGCGGAGACUCCACUAAAUUGUGUGUCAUAUUGCAAAAACCCAAGCCUGGCGUUUGGGGCGGGGAUUUCGGAGCUAACGAGCGAAAUGUUGUUGUGGGCCUAACUUGGAGCACAGGCGAGGAGUCGUCUGAAGAUGGCCUACUGGGCACUGAUAUUGUGCGGAUGACUUUAGCUCAGUCGGAGAGCGCCGAGUCCGCUGUGGAACAGAUUGGCGAGCUUGUGACCAAAGAAAGCAGCGAUGCAGCUAAGCUGAACUUUAUAGUAUGUGAUGCCACAGGCGCUUGGCUGGUCAGUUGUGCUGGCAAAGUAUGGGCAGCGGAAAAGGUGAAGGCCGGCCAUUUGCGCGUUCCCAGCGGCGGUUUAACCGUAACGACAACGAUUGAUAAAUCAAGUGAUGGCUUGGAUGCCGCAGCCAACUUUGCAGCUGCUCAUGAUGCGGAGACGACUCCAUUAGCUUGGUGUGGACCAGAACCCAAUGGAGAUGCCAAGUAUACGCUGCCCGACAUGUUCGAGACCCUAAGAUCGGCCAGCAAUGCCGCCAGCUCCCGUGCGGCAUGCAUCUCUGUGCUUUCGGCCAAGGGCAUUUCUUGCCAUUGGUUUACGGCAACUCCCAAUGCCAGUGAGUCGGUGUUUAAGCCAUUUGUGUUCGCACCAGCGCCCCGAGUAUCCCCACUGACCAAAGUUCAGGCAGAGGCGGAUGUAACGCUCUUGCAUAAAUUGCACUCCCAACGCAAACCGGCUGCUUUGGAGCACUUAAGGAGCCUGGAGGCAUCCUGUGUGGAGGAAUUGAAUAAUCUAUUUGGACUGCAAGAUCAGCCUACUGAAGAGUUGGAUGAACUGCUCAAGGACUGUGUGGAGGCUGAGGUCAAGUUCUAUCGUUAGUGGAACUCAUCGAUUAAUAAAUAUUCAACAAAAACGACAACAACAACUAGCUUGCGACAACAACCAAAACUCUAUUGAGUAUAACACGACUUGAGCAUUUUUACAUUAACCUCUAAGCGAACAUUCUCAUUGCAUUUUAUUUAUUGAUUUAUUUCUCAUUUGUACAAUUUUCUAUUGUAUUUUGCUUUGCGUGAUAUUUAUCGUAUUUCCAACCAUUUGUAAUCUCUCAAAUGAAAAAAGCAUUUCUUUGUGUUAAUUUAAAAAAAUAUUUAUUUCGAAUUUUAUAUUUGUGCAUGUGAAACA